AUGACCGGUACGAGACAAUCUCUUGGAACAGCACUUACCCUUGAGGUCAAAAGAAGCCGUGUCCUUUUGGUGGGCGCUGGAGGUAUCGGCUGCGAAUUACUGAAGAACCUGAGUGAAAUCGUGGUCAUCGACUUGGACACCAUCGAUCUGAGCAACCUGAACCGACAAUUCCUGUUUCGCAAGCAGCACAUCAAGAAGCCAAAGGCACUGGUGGCGAAAGAGACCGCGAGCCAAUUCAACCUCUCAGUACAUAUCGAUGCGCAUCAUGCCUCCAUUUUUGACAAUCGCUACGACAUCGAGUUCUUCGAAGGCUUUGACAUCGUAUUCAAUGCUCUCGACAAUGUUACAGCGCGGCGGCAUGUGAAUAAGAUGUGUUUAGCUGCAGACGUACCGUUGAUAGAGAGCGGAACCACUGGCUUCAACGGUCAGGUUCAAGCCAUUCAAAAGGGUGUUACCGAAUGCUACGACUGCCUCGAGAAACCGGUCCAAAAGUCCUUUCCCAUAUGCACCAUUCGAUCGACGCCCUCACAACCAAUCCACUGCAUCGUAUGGGCAAAGUCAUAUCUGCUGCCAGAGCUAUUCGGAGCGGUGGAGGAGGAAGAAGAGAAUGGCUCAGAGAUGACAACAACAGAAGGCGACAAUGCUGAGGAGAUCGAGAAACUGAAAGAGGAGGCACAGGCUUUGAAAAAGAUUCGUAACCUCAUCGGGACGAAGGAGUUGGCAGUUGAGGUCUUCAACAAAGUGUUCUUUGAUGAUAUCGAGCGGUUGCGAUCCAUGUCUGAGAUGUGGAAGACGCGCAAGCCACCAGAGACAUUGCGAUUCAGUACACUUUGCAUAGACAAGAAUCCGGAAGUCCAUGGAGAAAAGCUGGCGAAGCAGGACCAGGUUAUCUGGGGCCUGCUAGAUAACCUCAAGGUAUUUUGCUACAGUCUAGGAGCCUUAAGCAAAAGAGCGCAAGCCGGUGAGAAAGUCAUCGAGUUUGACAAGGACGACAAAGACACCCUCGACUUUGUCGCCUCAGCUGCCAAUCUCCGCGCCCUGGUCUUCGGCAUUCCCACGAGUAGCGAGUGGGACAUUAAACAGAUGGCGGGCAACAUUAUCCCUGCAAUCGCUACAUCAAACGCGAUAACCGCGAGUUUGUGCGUGCUGCAAGGGUUCAAAGUGUUACGACAUCAGCUCAGCAAGAUCAGUGCUGCGUCGAGACCUGAUGCCACAGAAGCACCUUCAGCCCGGAAAGUAGACUCGACGCUCGGUGGAUGCAAGAAAGUAUAUCUCGAAUCAAAAAGCACAGAGCGAUUGAUCAACUCGGAGUCGCUCGCACCACCACGGCCAGAUUGUCCCGUCUGCUCACCAGUGUACGCGAAGCUUGUGAUAUCCGAUAAAGCUUCGCCAUUGCGGCUGCAGUCACUCGUCGACCUUCUCCAGUCACGCUUCUCCUUUGACGAAUUUUCCCUCACCCUCGGGUCACGCAUCAUCUACGAUCCAGAUCUCGAGGAUAACCUCGACAAGCUCCUUGCCAAUCUCGACAUCACCAACAACUCGCCCAACCCGGCAGGACCGCAAUUUCUAACAGUCACAGAUGGUGCCGAUGAGCCACGGAAGCGAUUGCCUGAAGGACAGCCCGAUAUGCUGCUGCUACCAGAGAUCAUCCACCUGCCACCCAAGCCAAAACCUGCGCCAGCAAGUACAGACGCCGAAGCCAAUGGGGAUGGUAUUGCGACAGCCGGAGACAAGCGGAAACGUGAGGCGCAAGAUGAGGGACAGGAACCGACUGACGACAGUCCCAAGAAGAACGCGAAGCGCACAAAGACCAGCAAAGAAGAAGCCGUCGUUGUUGAGGAGGAUGGUCCGAUCAACAUCGACUGA